GGCCAUGCAGCUCUGGCGCGACUCAGUUGGAUCGCUUCUGCUCAUUUUUCUCCUUCUGUGCAGGUCCCGGAUGCCCUGCUAGUUGCUGCCGCGGCGACACGGCCGCAACUCAUUUCGUUCUCUUCUUCUUUCCCAUCACCAACCAAGCCGUUUGCCGCGCCUAUCAAAGUGUCGACAUCGCCGUUUCUCUUUUGCCUGGCGCACAGCACCACACUUACGUAUUCACUUCUUACUCACUCACUCUCACCUCUCACCUCGCCUGCCUGGUCUCACACCUCGCCUACAUUGCAACGGCCCUGCGAACGGGUGUUCCUCCAACGCCGCACCCGCCCCUCCCCCUCAUCAGCUUAAGCCGACGACAACAUCGGCGAGCAAUUUUUCUCAGCUUCUACACCUGCGCGCAUCAUCAGCAUCAUCGCUACACUUGAGUCGCCUUUAGACUUACUUUACGCCCGCCUUAGAUCAUGGAAGGCUCACAUGACGGCGCCUACAAUGGCGCCAGUGCACAAGACAUCAUGAACAUCGCGCUCAACUUUGAUGGCAUCAUGUCUCAGGAUAUUGCCCUCCCCGGUGAGCUGGAUGCCUUUUCUACAGCAAUCCACGAUGAUUCCUGCCUGGACCACAACGGCUAUAGCCACUGCGCCAACGGCAAGGGACAUAUGAACCCUCCGCCAAAGCCCACCGCCUCUCAGAGGCAGCCUGCGCGCACGCGCCAAAGACACAGCAUCUCUAACCCGGCCCCCUCACAGUCGGCUGUUUUUACGCCGUCCUGGGAUUCCAUCUUCACAGAUAGCCUUCUCUCCCAAUCAAAUGCUUGCGCUGGCAUCGAGGCCUGCAAUGACGUGGAUUGCGCAUCUGUCUCGUGCCCAUCGGACUGCGGCGCCGGCCCUUGCUCCGUCGACUGUGCCGACGAUGUCUGCUGUGAAAGCGGCCACUGUGCACCUUCUGAUCUCUGCCUUGAUGGCAACUGUCACGGAGCUGCAACAUCCUGCACCAAGCCUGCAUGUGGUCUAUCGGAGAAUGAGGCUGCUGCUGCCGCUACCCUCACCUCGUUUGGCGAGAACCUCAUGGCAGCCCCCACCAUCACCACUUCUGCCCCAACGGACUCCGUUUUUGCCAACAUGGGACUCCCAGCUGUUCCUUGUUCAUCACUCUCCAUGGAUGGCCCCCUUGCAGAUGGCUUGGCUGGCAUUACGGACCAGAUCUGGGGUAUUCCUCCCGAGUUCAUCCUUGCCAACCAUAUCAUGCAGUAUCACGACCCCGCCCAUCAGACAUCCCAUGUCGAUCACAACUGUAUUGCGGGUAACCCCAGUUCCGUUGUAGCUAUGUGCUCGCUUCCCAAGAUGGGGCCCGAUUCCCCUCUGCACGAAGGCAUCUGUGGCUUCCCUGUCCACGAUCCCCAGUCCUUUGCCCAGCACAUCUUCCAGCAGCAUCGUCCUGCGUUGAUGCAGCAUGGUAGCUACCUCAAAAAAGAGGAGGGAAACAACAGCCACAACCAUGGUGCUCCUAGCUUUCCCUACAACAGCGGUCACCAGUUGUCGGCAUCUGCCUCACCCAACACGAACCUCUCCAUGGGUACCUCCGUCUCCCCUACUCCCGUCUCCCUCGCUACCCCAUCCCCCAUGGACGGCCAGCACUACUUCCUGGACCUCAACACCGCCAAGAAGGAGCCCGUUACUACCACUGGAGUGGACAGCCAAUACAUGUGUCGCUGGACAGGACCAAACGGCCAGAUUUGUGGCCGCAUCUGCGGUGGCCACAAGGAACUCCAAGAGCACUGCAAGACGGAACAUCUCAAGGAGAUCAAGAAGGACCAUGCUGGAUUCUACUGCCAGUGGCAAGGCUGCACAAGACAGACUACCUUUAGUCAACGCAGCAAGUUGGAACGCCAUAUGCAGGUCCACACCGGUUUCAAGCCCGUCGAAUGCAAGAUUUGUGGUGCCCAGCUCUCUGCUAAGCAGUCUCUUGAGCAGCACAUGCGUACACACACUGGCGAGAAGCCUUGGGUAUGCUCGUUCCCUGGCUGCAACCAAGCCUUCAAGCAGCAGAGCGCCCUGACCAUGCACGAGCGAACACACACUGGCUCCAAGCCCCUGUCCUGCGAUAUUUGCGGCAAGAAAUUUGGCGAGUCGUCCAACUUGUCCAAGCAUCGUCGUAUUCACAACAUUAGAGGCUCUCAUGUUUGCGGUAUCUGUGGCAAGGACUUCCACAGACUUGACCAACUCAGACGCCACAUGGGCACAAACCACAAAGAUAGACCCGAGGAGGUCAAAAAGUUGCUGAGCCGCGUCAAGACAGGGCGUGUUACUAAGAUUCCGUCUGUCAUGAGCGCAGCCUCAUCAGAUGUUGCAAGCGAGAUGACCGAGGAUAGAAUGACUGUCGACAUGCAAUUGUAAGAGUUGAAUGAGUCGGAGGCACAUGCAAACUGUGUCUCUUUGUCUUCUUUUUUUUCGUCUGUUUAUGUUUUUGACCUUCAUUUCUGAAUUGGUCUCAUGCGGGCAUGAUAAAUAUUUUUUAUUUACUGGCGUUUUGGCAUUUCUCAAAGCAGGGUAUAAUUUUCAUUACCCAUUUUAUACAGGUUACAAAAGGGGCGGCGUUUUGGGGGCGGCAGUUGGAGUGUACUGUCCGAGAAAAGUGUAUGAUACCAUAAGAGUAUAUAUCGUUUCUAAAUGACCAUCACAUG